AUGAAUGAAUCAAAGAGAACUAAGCUCAGAUUGCUGAAGAGUGUCGAAUCGCUCAAGAAGACACUUUCAUCAAACAAAAUAUGCGAGUUUGAGUUUACAUCUCCAUCAUUAGACGGCGAAUACAAACUGCAGUUCACAAGAGAUGAUUUUGAGAAGCUGAUUGAAGACUCCCUCUUCUCUCUCUCCACGACAAUUGAGAAUGUCGUCUCUUCCUCGAGAAACGGCGUCAAGUUUGUCGAAGUUUUCAGCGGAAGUUCCAGAAUCCCAUCAUUCAAAUCAACAGUAGAGAGAGUCUGCCACGUCUCUGCAUCAACCACGAUGGACUCAGAUGAGUGUGUCUCGCUUGGCUGUGGCUUUCUCUCCGACAAGUUCCACAACAUCAAUCUGAUCGAGAGAUAUCCUCUCUCCUUCAGCGUUGAGCCUUCUUCUGUCACUCUCUUCCCUGAGAAUUCACAAAUACCAGCGACUGCUGAGCUGAAGUUUGAUCCGAGCGAGUUCAGCUACACAGUUCUCUGCGGCAGGGACCAGGUUGCGAGCAUCACUCUCAAUGACGGAGUGAAUCAGAAAGAUCAGUUUGACAUCAAAAUAGGAUUGAGCAGCAACGGAACUCUUGAUGUCGGAUAUGAUGAGAGAGUUACUCUGGAGAUAGAAGGAUCCAUUGAGCAGGAGGAUUUGAUGGAUUUAAAGAAGAAACUGACUCAGAUGGAGAUAUCAGAUGAAGUGAAUGUUAAAUUGGAACAUUCGAGGAAUAAUCUAGAAGCGGUUAUCAACAGUUGUGAUAGAAUAAUAAGAGAGUUCCCUGAAUACAUCGCAGCUCAAAACAUUUCAACUGAAUAUUUGGCUCAAAAGGUAAAAGAGGCAUGGAUUUUCUAUGAACAAAAUGAAUUCGAUGAAUCAGUUACAAGUGAUAAUUAUGAAAAAAUUGCUAGCGAAUUAGGAGAGAUUUCAUCAAAAAUCAUCAGCGUUAAGAAAUCUCACGAAGAUUACGAAGAUAGUAUUAAACAAAUGCUGACUAAAGCUAACAAUUUGCUGCAGCAAAGCAAAUCAGAGAUGAGCAAAAAAGAAUGUCAAAAAGUAAUCGCAGAAUUGACUGCAUUGAUCAAUACUGAUAAGUCACAGCCAAUUUCAUUCGAUGAACACAAAUGGAAUAGAAGAAUGAGAUCUUUAGAUAAUGUUGUUAAAAUGAGUAACGCAGGUGUAUUCUAA